GUGGAGAGAAAAGAAUAUAAAACUUUUUGAUAAUUUAUAGCAUGCGUUGCGUUGCUACGCAUAAGAGAAGUGCGGUUGUUAGAUCUCGGAGAUCGCGGUUACAUAAAUAAAACGUGAUAUCUUUCACUGGCAGUGCUGCUAGUACUGUACCACACCUGCUUCAAUGCAUUUCACCAAUAUAGUAAAUUUGGCUGAAUCCAGAAGAAAACCCUUGCUUCAACUCAAUCUUCAUGUUACCGCCAACAUUUCUGAUGGAUCGACGCUGGCCUUGGAAGAAAAAAUCGUCAGAGAAGACUGUGCUUGAGAAAGCAGCUACUGCAUUGGACUCCUCCGAUGCUUCCAACCAGGAUAACAACAAGAAACGAAACUAUAUUCAAAUCUCUGUGGAAUCCUAUUCACAUUUGUCUGGCUUGGAGGAUCAAGUGAAGACAUAUGAGGAAAAAGUUCAGACACUAGAGGAUGAGAUCAAGGAAAUGAAUGAAAAGCUAUCUGCAGCAAACUCUGAGAUCAAUACAAAGGAAAGCAUGGUUAAACAACAUGCUAAGGUAGCUGAAGAAGCUGUAUCAGGUUGGGAAAAGGCUGAAGCUGAAGCUUUGGCAUUGAAGAACCAUCUAGAAUCUGUCACUCUUCUAAAACUCACUGCUGAUGAUCGUGCAACUCAUUUAGAUGGUGCUCUUAAAGAGUGUAUGCGACAGAUACGAAACCUUAAGGAAGAACAUGAACAAAAAAUACAGGAAGUUGCUCUCUCGAAAACCAAGCAAUUGGACAAGAUUAAGGGAGAACUUGAGGCAAAGAUAGUUAACUUUGAACAGGAACUUCUUAGGUCAACUGCGGAAAGUGGGGCUUUGUCAAGGUCGUUGCAGGAGCGCUCUAACAUGCUAAUCAAAUUGGGCGAAGAAAAAGCUCAUGCUGAGGCUGAAAUUGAGCUUCUUAAGAGCAACAUAGAAUCAUGUGAAAGGGAAAAUAAUUCACUUAAAUAUGAACUUCAUGUUGUUUCCAAAGAGCUUGAAAUUCGCAAUGAAGAAAAAAACAUGAGUAUGAGAUCUGCAGAAGCUGCUAACAAGCAGCAUACGGAGGGUGUAAAAAAAAUUGCUAAGUUAGAGGCUGAGUGCCAAAGAUUACGUGGUCUUGUGAGGAAAAAGUUACCUGGUCCUGCUGCACUUGCACAAAUGAAGCUAGAAGUUGAAAACCUUGGUCGAGAUUAUGGAGAAAGUCGAUUAAGGAAGUCUCCUGUGAAGCCUGCUACCCCUAAUUUGUCUCCGUUACCUGAUUUUACCCUGGAAAAUGUGCAGAAAUUCCAGAAGGAGAGUGAAUUUCUUACAGAACGUUUACUGGCAAUGGAAGAAGAAACAAAGAUGCUGAAAGAAGCUUUGGCUAAACGCAACAGUGAAUUGCAGGCCUCAAGGAGUAUGUGUGCUAAAACACUAAGCAAACUUCAAAGUUUGGAAGCACAACUUCAGACAAGUAACCAGCUGAAAGUAUCUCCAACGUCCGUUGUCCAGAUCACUCAUGAAAGCAUUUAUAGUCAAAAUGCAAGCAAUGCACCAAGCUUGGUCUCCAUGUCUGAAGAUGGAAACGAUGAUGCAGGAAGUUGUGCCGAGUCUUGGUCUACAGCAAUGAUCUCUGGGCUAUCCCAAUUUCCUAAAGAAAAGUGCACUGAGGAAUCAAGCAAAUCUGAAGCGACUAAGAAGUUGGAACUAAUGGAUGACUUUCUAGAGGUGGAGAAGUUGGCUCAUUUGUCAAAUGUUUCCAAUGUAGAAGCCGCUGUUUUAAUUUCUUCUAACAAUAAGGCUACUGACAUUGUCGCCAAUGAUGUGUCAGAAGUUAGUGCUGGCAAUGAAAAGAACGGUAAUUCAGAUCCAUUCCCAAGUCAAGUGUCUUCUGGUGCAUUGAUGUUGGCAGCUGAUCCCCAAACCAAUGUUGGUGGCUUGUUACUAACAGAACUUAGAUCAAGAAUUUUAAUGGUUUUUGAGUCCUUAGCUAAGGAUGCUGAUAUAGGGAAGAUUGUGGAGGAUAUUAAACAUGUGCUUGAAGAUUCACAUGACACUGCCCCCCACCACUCUGUGGAUGCCCAUUCUUCUGAUGCCAAAUGUGAUAGGCGGGAUAAUCCUGAAGAUGCUGGCUUAAAUCUUGAAAAUGAAAGAAUUUCAUCUCAUCAACCCAAAGAAUACGUGCAGAUAACUUCAGAUUUAGAAGCUGCAAUUUCUCAAAUUCAUGACUUUGUAUUGUUCCUAGGAAAGGAAGCGACAACAUUUCAUGACAUAUCUUCUGAUGGAAAUGAAAUGAGGCAAAAGAUUGAGGAGUUCUCUGUCACAUUUAAUAAAGUAUUAUGCAACAAUGCAAGUUUACUACAGUUUGUUCUUGACCUGUCAUAUGUCCUAGCUAAAGCAAGUGAUUUCAGAUUUAAUGUCCUUGGUUACAAGUGUACAGAAACUGAAACUAACAGUCCUGAUUACAUAGAUAAGAUUGCUUUGCCUGAAAACAAGUUAGCUCAAGACAAAUCAUCUGGAGAAAGAUAUCAAAAUGGUUCUUCCCAUAUGCUUAAUCCAUGUUCUAAUCUUGAGGUUCCUGACGAUGGAAAUUUGGUCGCAGGCUAUAAAGGGAAUGCUGCCUCUCACAAACUGUCAAUGGAGGAAUUUGAAGAAUUGAAAUUAGAGAAAGAAAAACUAGUAAUUGAUUUCUCAAAAUGUACCGAAAAUCUUGAAAUAACAAAGUCUCAAUUGCUAGAGACUGAGCAACUUCUAGCAGAAGUUAAAUCACAAUUGGCCUCUGCUCAAAGAUCGAACAGCUUGGCUGAGACACAGCUAAAGUGUAUGGCAGAAUCCUACAAGACACUUGAAACACGUGCCCAAGAGUUUGAAACUGAGUUGAACCGUCUGCAAUGCAAGACAGAAACUCUGGAGAAUGAGCUUCAAGAUGAAAAGAGGGCUCAUGAUGCUGCUUUGGCCAAGAGCAGAGAGCUUGAAGAGCAGUUGCAAAGGAUUGAGAGCUCAGCAGCUGAUAAUGACCUCAAGACUUCGAAUGAGAGAGAUUUGGCAGCAGCUGCUGAAAAGCUGGCUGAAUGUCAGGAAACCAUAUUUCUUCUGGGCAAGCAGUUAAAUGCUCUACGUCCUCAAACUGAGCCAAUUGAAGCAUCUUACAAUAAGAUAAACCCAAAGGUUGAAGGCUUCACAGAAGAUGAACCUACUACUAGUAGCACAAAUUUUCAAGAAUUAGGUCAGUUGGAGAUGGAUGGUGCUACUUCUGCUUUUGUGCAAAGAUUGAGUUCGGAGUCCCCUUUGCAUUUUUCCAACAGUUUAUUUAGCCCGUCAGAUAAUGAGUCCACGCCCCUUCCAGCCAGAUCCCCAGUACAGCAUCCAAAAUCAAAACCAAAACACAGGCCUACCAAGUCAGCCUCUUCUUCAGCUUCUUCUGCCACUACACCUGAGAAACAUGCACGGGGAUUUAGUAGAUUCUUUUCACCAAAAGGAAAACCCACUCAUUGAGCUUGCAGCUUGCGGGCUCUAUGUUAAUUCAUGACGAGGAAGCCACAUUUUGAAAAGUACUAUGGUCCAGACCGUUUUAAUGUUUGACAGAAAUGAGUUUUGGGAGAGGUUUGUGUAACUAAGGAGGGGGAUACCUCGAGUGUCUGGUGAUUCUUGUAUGUAAUGGUUGUACCAUAUGUUGGUUUUUUAUUUUCCCUUUCAUUAUUUUCCCCCUCUACCAAACGAUAAACGUUGACAUAGUCUCUUAAGUUUUACGGGAUGUGUUGAUUAUUUUGUACUUCACAAAAAUGGCCAAACCUUCAAUUUUUUAAGAACAAGAAUGAAUAGAUUGUUCAAGUGGUUGCGAC